AUGAAACUCUCCACAUUUAUCUACGCCUAUGCAACAGCUACAUCAACUUCCACCGCCUCAGAAUCCGCUUCGUGCCGUUGCUUCCCAGGCGAAACCUGCUGGCCAUCACUACCGGCUUGGGAUAGUCUCAACGCAACCGUUGGUGGACGGCUUGUUGCUACUAUUCCCUUGGGAUCACCUUGCCACGACCCGGUAUAUAAUGCUACCGAGUGUGCCAAUUUACAGAGUCUUUGGAUUGACCCACAGCUUCAUAUGAACUCGUCGUCCUCGGUCAUGGCCCCAUUCUUCGCAAACCAAAGCUGUGACCCCUUCCAGCCAGAGGCUAGGUCCUGUUUACUUGGGAACUACGUCGAUUAUGCGGUAAAUCUCUCCACCUCCAACGCGGCAAGCGAAGUUGGUGCGGCUGUUGGAUUUGCCCAUCAGCAUAACUUACGUUUUGUGAUACGAAAUACCGGCCACGAUUAUCUUGGCAAGUCCACUGGGGCCGGAGCCUUAUCUGUCUGGACUCAUCAUCUCAAAGACAUUGAGUUUCUUAACUGGUCUGACGAGCACUACAACGGAAAAGCAAUCAAAAUGGGAGCAGGGGUACAAGGUUAUGAGGCAAUGGCAGCCGCGCAAGCCAAUGGACUAGUUAUCGUCGGAGGUGAGUGUCCAACGGUUGGUAUUGCGGGAGGCUACAGCCAAGGUGGUGGCCACUCUGCUCUCAGUACAAAUUUUGGGCUUGGAGCUGAUCAGACCCUAUCAUGGGAGGUCGUAACGGCAGAAGGAAAGUUAAUCACAGCCUCAAGGUUCGAAAAUCCAGAGAUUUAUUGGGCAUUGAGCGGUGGAGGGGGAGGUACCUAUGGAGUGGUGUUAUCUCUUACAUCAAAAGCGCAUCCUGAUAAUAUUGUCGGCGGCGCUUCGUUGACGUUCUUGUCUUCAUCAACGACUGCAGAUACAUUCUAUGAAGGCGUCGCAACAUUUCACGCCUCUCUUCCAGCAAUUAUCGAUGCCGGUGUUAUGGUCAUAUACUUCUUAAGCAAUACCUCCUUCGAAAUCUUCGCUCUGACAGCAUAUGGGAAGACUUCAACUGAAGUUAAAACUAUCUUGGCAGACUUCCUCUCGGCACUCGAUGCCCUCAAUAUAACGUAUGCCGCCUCAUACUCACAGUCUGCAAACUACGUCGAUCACUACAAUACGUAUCUGGGCCCACUCCCCUUCGGCAAUAUCCAGGUCGGUGUCGCUCAAUACGGAGGCCGUUUGAUUCCUCGCUCUUCCAUCGAAAAUAAUCUCACGGCAUUCAUGGCUGUCACCCGCAAUAUUACCGAGAAUGGUUGCAUGUACGCUGGAGUAGCCCUUAAUGUCUCCUCUCCUGCCAUCACAUCGGGAGUCUCAAAUGCUGUCCUCCCAGCCUGGCGCGAAGCACUCGUCCACGUAAUCUUAAGCACGCCAUGGAACUUUACCGCGCCCUGGUCCGAAAUGAUCGCGUUACAGGACAGAAUGACUGACGAAUACAUUCCCCAGCUUGAGGCCGUGACCCCCGGAAGUGGCGCGUACAUCAAUGAAGCUGAUUUCAGACAACCUAAUUGGCAGGAUGACUUUUUUGGGGUCAAUUAUGAGAAGUUAUUGGCGAUUAAGAAUAAGUGGGAUCCGCACCAUCUCUUUUACGCUACCAAAGCUGUGGGGAGCGAGGUUUGGACUGUGGCUGAGGAUGGGAGAAUGUGCAAGACUUCUGAGUAG